GGCCAGAGAGUAUCCAUGAAGGAACCAGUAUGUCUGAUUGAGAACGACAGUGAUGGGAAGCUGCGUGUUGUCCGCAGUGCACUGGACAUCCUGGACCAGAUUGACCAGCAUGUGGUAGUGGUGUCGGUGGUCGGGCUGUAAUGCACCGGCAAGUCCUACCUCAUGAACAAGCUGGCUGGAGAGAGGAAAGGUUUUGCCCUGGGAGCCACCAUCCAGUCCAAAACUAAGGGCAUCUGGAUGUGGUGUGUGCCUCACCCUGAAAAAAGAGACCACACCCUGGUGCUGCUGGAUACAGAGGGUCUGGGGGACGUGGAGAAGGGUGAUGAGAAGAAUGACAACUGAAUCUUUUCCCUGGCUGUCCUGCUCAGCAGUACUCUGGUGUACAACAGCCUGGGAACCAUCGACAACAACGCCCUGGAGAAACUACACUAUGUGACAGAACUGACAGAGCACAUCAAGGURAAGUCCAAYCAGCGAGACGGGGAGGAAUCUUCAGAGUACCUGCGUUACUUUCCUUCCUUUGUGUGGACAGUCAGAGAUUYCACCCUGACCCUGGAGGUUGAUGGGAGACCCAUCACAGCCAAUGAGUACCUGGAGAACACUCUUAAACUGAAAACAGGUCAAAGUGCAAAGGUUCAGCAGUACAACCUGCCUCGUAGUUGCCUGCGGAACUAUUUCUCUCCUCGCUGGUGCUUUGUGUUUGAGAGGCCAGCCAGCGGAGACAAAAUGAGAUGUAUGGAGGAGCUGACCGACGCUGACCUGGAGCCUGCCUUUGUGGAGCAAGCCAAGGAGUUCUGUGACCACGUCUUCAAGGAGGCCAAGACCAAGACCCUGAAACAGGUCCUGAAAGUUAUCGGCAGACGUACCAGGGCUGCGGAGUUUGAGGGGCGGACAGUCAGCUGGGGGACACGGGGCUACUGCUAGGAGCUGGGACUGGUAUCCUUUUUCUUUUUGGGGAAAUUUGGAUUGUUUUGAAUAUAUUGGAGAUAUUUGGGUUGAGGGUGGGACCCUCAUUUUUAAGGGGGGUGUCAUUGCAGGGGCGGUUCCUCCUGCAGGCAGAGGAGGGUCGUUGGUGAUUGGAGCCACCUGAGCUCAGGGUAUUUAUUAAACUUGCUUCACUAAUCACUUCUCUCUCUCUGCUCCUCCAGGUAUGAUCCUGUUUUGUUCGUUCCUUUGUAGUUGUACACAGUUUUCACUCAGUCAUAUUUACACAGAGAUUCACGCAUCCUUGCACUUUACAUGCACCCUACAUUAUG